ACGACACGAGUAGUCUUGCGCUUCCUCGGUCCACUUUCUAUUCAGUUAUCUUGUCCCCUACCUGGAAUGAGCUUGAGUGUGGUCGAAUAAGCGAAGAUGAAGCUCUUGCAGCUAUUGGUAAAGAGCUUUCGCUUGACCCGGAAACCAUCCACGGAGCGACUGUUCGCAAGCGCGACAGACGCUGCGAGUAGAUCACGAGCUGUAUGCCCAGCUGCUGGCACUCAAGGACGAGAUGGAGGGCAACUUGAAAGUCUUCGCGAUGACAAAUAUUGCCAAAGACGACUUCUUGCGACUCAAAGCGGUGCUACCGAGUUGGAACCUAUUCGAUGAAGAAUUCACCUCUUGCGAAGUAGGCAUGAUCAAGCCCGAACUGGGCUACUACCAGUAUGUGCUUCGAGAAGCCAAUCUCGAUGACCCAUCGUCCGUCAUAUUUGUCGAUGACAAGAUUGCUAACGUGGUUGCAGCUCGUUCUUUCGGCAUCCACGGGAUUGUGUAUGAUUCUGCGGAGAUGCUGAUGCGUCGAUUGCGGAACCAGCUCUUCGAUCCUAUAGCACGAGCUUGCGAAUUCAUGAGGGCCAACGCAAGGAACCAUGUCACGCAGGUUGAAGAUGGUCCCAUGUUCCGCGACGUGUUCUCGCAGUUCUUGAUCCAUACAGUGCUGCAAGAUGCUAGCAUCAUUAGCCUAUCACCUGGAGAGGCUUCAACCACUCAGAUUGAGCAAGAUCUUCAGCAAGCAAAGCAGAGAGCUAAGCAAUGGAACUAUUUUGCUGGGCCACCGGUGGGAACCACAGCAAAAUUUCCGGCCGAUGUAGACGACACUGCAAUGGCUCUACUUGCCUUUUCGCCGCCCGCUAGCUCUGCGAACGCUGUGCUGGAUACCUUUCUCGCAAAUCGACAUAGUCGCGAUGGCCUCGUGCAGACAUACUUCGACAAAAGUCGGCCCCGCGUUUGCGCAGUGGUGCUUGUCAAUGUAUGCCGUGUCUUCUACCAUUAUAACCGAGGUGAAGACAUCCAGCAUGAGCUGCAAUACGUGCGCCAUAUCCUAUCCAAUCGAGCCUGUCUCGAAGGCACUGCAAUGUACUUAGGGACGGAGCCAUUUCUGUACUUCCUCUCGUGUCUUGUUCAGGAUAAUCUGAACAUGCCUGAAGUGCAGUCGUUGCGUGAGCCACUAGCCUCUGCUCUUCGUGAGCGCGUCGGUCGUGGCGGGGAUAGCUUCAGGAUCGCCAGUCGGGCGCUUGCAUGUCAAGCGAUGGGCGUUUGGGUUGACCCUGAUAUUUCCGACCUUAAAGAGUUGCAACUCUGCGACGGUGGAUGGGAGAUUGGAUGGGUUUGUCGUUAUGGGCGCACCCAGAAGCGGAUUGGAAGCCGGGCGCCGUGGUCUACUGCCGUUUGCUAUUCAAAGUAUUGGGAGCACGAGGCUUAAGCGGUUCGUGAAGCGGGUCUGAAGGAAUGAACCGUCGAUCUUGGCCGAAUGUUGAUCGUGUAUUUAAUGGCGUUGCCUUCACUCUCAUAGGACACAGGAGGAAUUCAAGCGGUGCUACUGAAUCGCUGCUAUGCUAGUCGCAUUGUAAACAUAUUGG